AAGAGGCAAACAUGCGCACACUUUGCCUCGUUCUCCUCCUUAUUUCAACUCUUCUGGUAACGGAUACCGUUACAUUGGAGAUUCAAAGAGACAAACGCCAAGUACCUCAACCAGUACCCACAAUAGCCCCACCAGUAUCCCAACCCCGUGGACCUAUAAUUGGAGGACAAGCUGGCGUGUGCUCAGAUCUAAGACGUCCAACUCCACUCAUCGGAGGCCAAGCUGGCGUAAGACCAGAAUUGAGACGUUCGCAGUGA